GCGUCCAUUGCGCUACAGAUUUUCAUUGGUUCUGGCCAGCCCUAUCUUCUGUCUUCUCUCAUCUCACCUCGUCUCCACCUUCAUCUCCCUCUACCUCAGUGACACGACUUCUAGGGCUUUUUCAUGUUGUUUGGCAUCACAAUCAAAAGCGGGAAGGGAAAAUUCAUAGACAAGAUUUGAUUUGAUUCAUUGCAAUCUACCUGCUGCAACCUCGCAUCUCGUGACAUGUCUUGUCUUUUGUUCCCCUCCAUUUACUGCCAUCCACACACCCUUUCCUCAUUUCUCAUCUCUUCUCCCCUCUCAUCCCCCGAAGUUUAUAGGCUGGCCGGCCGGCUGGUGUGGUUGCCUGCUUACUUGCUUCAUCAUCAUCAUUGUCUACUGUGGCGCACGUGGUCUUCGGUUUUUUUCGCUUGGUUUCCCUCAAUUCAGAUUUCUCCUGUCAAUAGUUGGUGGACGGAGUGUGCUCGGUUAUGGGUACAUGGUUGGUUGGUCGGCUGGUUAUGGUAUCUUUGAUUGGUAGUACAUGGUGUUGUAGUGUGGUUGCUUGUUAUCUAUCAUCU